GUUUGUUUUGUUUGGUAAGAGCAAGAGACAUGUUUUUAUCAGGGACCAUCAAGCCAUAGUUCUAUGUUACUUCUUCAAUUCUACUCGAAGCUGGUGCAAAUAAUUCAGAGAAAUAAAGAGAGGUGUGCUUCCUAUGCAAUUCACUUAAUGAUGAUUACUCUGUCAAAGAAAUUAAAGGAAGAUGCAGCCAGGAAGUCAACUGGUUCAAACUCCAAAUCCACAGACCUUAACAAUUCAACAAAGCGAGUUUCCAUACGAGACAGAUUGCUUGUUAAAGAAGUGCCUGAAAUGACAUCCAGCUUACCAAAGACCUGUAAAGUGCAUUUUCCUGAUGUUCAUAAGCUCCACCACAGUGUGUUAACAAUAUCUCCAGAAGAGGGCUUUUGGAAGGGUGGAAAAUUUGACUUUGAAAUCAUACUAUCAGAAGAAUACAAUAUAGCGCCUCCAAAAGUUCGAUGUAAAACAAGGAUAUGGCAUCCCAACAUAUCAGAAGAGGGUCAAAUUUGUCUCAGUCUUCUACGUGAGCAUUCAAUGGAUGGGACUGGCUGGGCACCAACAAGAACACUGAAAGAUGUAAUGUGGGGACUAAAUUCUUUAUUUACAGAUCUUCUCAAUUUUGACGACCCGCUUAACAUCGAAGCAGCUGAACAUUAUCUCCGGGACAAACGAGACUUUGAGAUGAAAGUCCACAAAUAUGUGAUGAACUACGCAAGAUGACAUGCGCCCCUGCUCCUAGGAACCUCUCUUAGAUAGCUGUAAAUAAAGAUGCACAUUACGGUCGUGAAGGAUAGUCAGGUCAUUCAGAUGUAUCUAAUAAACAAAUAUAUCAGGCUUUGAGAAAGUAUAGUGGAAUUAUUUAUCCGAGGUUGGUCUGGCAAUUACUAUUUUUUCCCGAGGGGCGAAGCCCCGAGGGAAAUAUAGUAGUUUUGCCAGUCCAACCUAGGAUUAAUAAUUCCCACUAUGCUUUCGAAUGAAACACCUGAUAUAUUUGCUUUAUAUCCUACUUUUAAUAAUUUAUAACCAAAAUCAAAAUCUAUGCGCUGAGCAUGCAAAGUCCUGUUGAAUUACCUACUUUUCUCCGAGCCACCGCGCCCAGCGGAACGCAGAUUAGUGUCUGCGCUGACGCAUCGCGCUGGACUUGCGCGCCCGGGAGAGAGAGCGCGCAAGCCGGUGCGCCGAGAUAUCCAGUUUUGUGAAAUAAUGACGUCAGAAUAUUGGUAUAUCCAAAAAUAUAUCGAGGUCUGACGUCACGCAACAUCAUAGUUGAAAUAUAUUCGGUCACAUGAUGCUACUUGAACCAAUCACUAUACAGGAUUUACUCUAUGUAGGAUAUAAUAUUUAUUGUAGACUAAAACGUGUGCGAGUGUUUCUCUUGAAAAACCAUGUGCUUCUGAUUUAGAAUUUUUUUUCCGCCUGCAAGAAGGUCGUAACUGCAAGUAGUUUAUCUCACAAGUGUAGUUACCAUAUGCAACCGUGUGUGGAUGUUGCCGUCUUGAGGGUUUUUGCAAAUGCACACUCUAUGGGAUGAAAGCACAAUUUCACAAGGAUGAUAUUGUUAUCAUGUCAGUGCCAUUUGGAAAAAAAAGAUAAUAAUAUCAUAUUUUACCCGGGGUAGCCACUUCAGUUCCGAAAGCUGUUCUCCCAGUGGGCCCUGCUUAACAUGAUUAUGUUAUUAUUACCCCUGCUUAAACAUGGCUACCUUCAUUAGCGCUCGAGCAUGAACCUCACCUGGGUUGGGUGCAGCACAAUGUUGGUAAAUGUCUUGCUGAAGGAAAACACGCCAUGGCUGGGAAUCAAAUCCUCAUCCCUCAGAUUGAAAGACGAGUCUUAACCACUAGACCACGACACCCCCAACAAGAUCACAAUAUAGGAUGUCUCUUUAGUAGACCUAUUGAAAUUUUCAUGAGGAUUUUAUUAAAUCUUAACAGUAAUUUUAUAUGAUGAUUUAUAUGUGCAUGGGUAUACAUGUACAUUGUCUGUGGAUUCUGGAGAACCAUUGUCAAAUUGCUUCUCCAUAUCGUACGUUAUCCUGACAUGAGCUGUGAUGUACAUUUAGGGGGGGGGGGGUAAAUGAUCCCUGAUGGCGAUUGAACAUCAUAAUUGUUGUAGGGGGAAACACUAAAUAGCCUAACAGACCUUCUUGCCGGCCAGCGAAGAAAUACUUAUUUUCAUCAUUUAUUAUUAUUAUUUGUACUGCACUUUUCCCCAUAAGGCUGGAAGUGCUUACAAUCGGUCUUAGUACAUGUACUCUUGUAUCCAUGUCCAACUUGCCGGCCAGCCAAGAAAUACUUAUUUUCAUCAUUCAUUAUUAUUAUUACUUGUACUGCGCUUUUCCCCAUAAGGCCGGAAGUGCUUACAAUCGGUCUUAGUACUCUUGUAUCCAUAUCCAACUUCUUUCUUGCUCUCUUCAGUAGCUUGCUGCUUAAAUAGUUAUUACAAUCCUCACUGGCUAAGAUUGCGCAAUCUGUAUGAUAUCCAUCCUUGGCUCUUGUGUGCAGUUCAAGUUUUCUUCCAUUGAAUGUAGUUUGGGGUCUCUGGGGUUGUGCAACUAACUGGGAAUAUUUUAUAUGUACUUUUAUUAGGUGUUUUGCAUAAUAUACACUUUAGAAGCAGGUAUGAUGUUAUUUGAAAGUAAAUCUCAGUUGAUAGGUUAUGUAGGAAGGAGUUUGGUUGAUUUGGUGCAUGUAUGUUUAAAGAAUCUGCAGUGCUUAUGCAGCAUGAAAUAUAUUGACUGACAUGUACUACAAUACAUGUAUACUGAGAUACCUCAGAAAUAGGUUCAUGUUUCAUGUCAUAAUUUGACUCUGAUGUUUAUAAGGAAGGGGAGCUAGGACUAUGAAGGUUGUUUCACAGGAGCAAGAUGUAUUGCUUUAUUGAAAUGAGGAUGAUUUUUGACUUGUAACCAAUGGUUAGAUCUGUAAGCAGAGAUGCCAGUCAGUCAGUUUGGAAGCAUUUUAUAUUUUAUAUUGCCAAAUGGCAUUUGAAAUAACACAGAUUUCUUAAAGAUAUAUGCAAACUACAAGAAACUGUAUGGUAACAACAGGCCUACAAUACUUGUACAUGUCUCCCUUUUAUGUUUUAUUACCCCUAAACUAAAGCAUCCUGACUUUAUGAGACAAUGAUGAUCAGCAGCAAUUACAUGCAGACAUGGUGAAGGGAAUCACCCUACUUAUGCUAAUAAUUAUGCAUUAUUCGCUUCAACAAAACGAGAUUAUUCAACGAAUGUGCGGACAAAUUUGAGGCAUGAUCUCAUAAAUCGACCACCUCAUGAUUCAUCUUAAACAAUGUCACGAGUUCCAAUGCAAACUCUGGCAUAAAAAUCUUUCGAGUACACUACCUUGCAAUGCCUUGAGUCAAUUGAGCCCGUAUUUAAUUCUUUAAAUAAUGAUUACUCUUUUCCUAGACAUUCAAUAAAAACAUUUAACUUUUUGAAAACUAUUGAUGAUUGAAAUAAAAACAUCUUCUAGUUUGCUUAUGCAUCGGUCUUCCACUCUCAGUAUGGUGGAGGAGAACGGAGGGAUUGAGGUCAAAGAAUGUGCAACACAGUGAAUCCUGCAGAUAAGACUAGACAUGCUCUAUGGAAAAACAGGUUAUUUUUAAACACAGUAACAUAUCAGAUAGGCAUGUAGGCAGUUAGAUGUUAAAGAUCUAGUCUGCACACAUUUUAAUGUUUUAGUUGAUAUCAUAAGACAAGGCACCAAAGUUUUUUUUGACAGCUUUCCAAGCUUACCACUUGGAGUUUUCAUACUCCCAGAUUAAAUCUAAAAGUCCAAAUUCACAAGGGAUUUUAACCAGAAAGAGGUUUAAACCAUAUAAUAUGGAGAUCUUGAGUAGCCUGGGUGUAAUUUGCUCAAUUCAGUGCAUUCACCAAAAAUGUUCUAAUCAUAAAUAUGUAUUUUUUACAAAGAGCACUAAAUCCAAAUGGUUUGUUGCCAUGGUGUAGUCCUUGGUGUUUUUAGAUUAAAUUCUAUAAAAGCAUGAUCUGAAAUCAUAGCAACCAAAUUGCUUGUUACCAAAGCGCACAUUUAUUACUGGAUCUUUCCUUGUCUGUGUGCUGAAUUAAACACCACAUGCUACAAAGUCCAUGGUUCAAAUCCUCCCUCGGGAAAUUAAAUCCUAAUUAAUGAUUGAGGGCCAAUAGCUCAUCUUGUUAGCAUUGGUAGGAGUGAGGCAGUUGGUGAUUUCAAGGUCUGUCUCAAAAAUAUUCAAAUGUUAGGGUUUCUUUUGUACAGAUAACUUGUGGCAUCUCAGGAAUCCUGUACAUUGUUCAUGAUUAAAUGUAAUCUGGGCCCCGUCUUACAAAGAGUUACGAUUGAUCCGAUCAAUCGUAACUAUGGACGGCCAGCAACAUCAACAUCUAUUAUGCAUGUUUGUUCAAAAUAUUUUCUAGCUAUGAUGUAUAUUCAUGCAUUUUUUGUUUUCUUGAAAAUUCACUGUGCUUCUCUUUGCAUUCAAAGGACAUUGUGCAAAUUUUUCGUAGAAAAAAAUUAUGACACUGAUGGAUUUCCAUAGAGUUAUGAUUGAUCAGAUCAAUCGUAACUCUGUGUAAGACGGGGCCCAGUGAUUAAGUGAUUUUAGUGUGUAGUAGACUUCAUAUAUAGAUAGGAGAGUUGCUGGAGAACCAUUGUUGAUAUGAGCCACACUAUAUAUCCCCAAUGGAUAAGCUUGCCAUUCGUGUCAUGUGCAGAGACAGACGGAAAGAGAAAGGGAGGGGGGGGGGGGGGGAAUGCUUUGAAGGGGAAUCCAACCUUGGUCAUAAAAAGUUGUGUGGGAAAUGAGAGAAAAAAAAACCAGAAUGGCAAAAGUUUGAAAGAAAUGGGAUGAGCAAUAAAGAAAGUUAUGGCUGUUUUAAAAUUGAGAUCCCCAAGGCUAUGCAAAUUUCAAAUUGGCAACUGGAUAAGAAAAUUAUGACAAGGGGCAAGGAUAACUUUCCCAUAGGCCAUGUACUUAUUUGUCAGGGAUUUGUGAUUUCCUUCCAAUUACCUAUUCCCCUGGGGCAGUAAUAACAAAUAACCCAGGUAGUAUAUUGUUUUAUAUCCUCAUGAAUGAAAAAUAAAAUUUGAAGAAAUUUUUUGAAAAAAUGACAUUCUAGCAAUUAUUUGUAUCGGAGUACAUGGAAGAGUAGUCCUUACUUCAUGACAUGACAAAUGCGGCCAAUUUGAAGUCGCCAUUGGUGUAGUGAUUACCAAUUUGUACAACCUUUUUAAAUUCAUAACUUUAUUAUUAUUUGUCCGAUUUGGUUCAAACUUUCACCUAUCAACUUGUCUGAUUUUUCUUUUUUCUUUUUCUUCUAAAAACAACUUUUUAUUUGGAAUGGAUUUCCCUUUAAUAGGAAUACAUGUAUUACUGCAUGCCUAAAUGUUUUUGUAUUAUUGUAGUGGUUGUAUAAAAAUGAACAGAACAUUGAAAAAAAAUCUUGGAGAGUACUUGUGCUAGCAAUUAGAAUAUCCCAUCGCAAACAUAUUUCAGUGCAAAUCUGCAAAGUAGCGCAAUAUUUAUAGAUUAUGUAGGUCUUAAUUUUGCGGGAUAUCAACUCAUAUUUUAUAAUUGUUAACAGGGAUUUUGUUGACGUGAAGAGAAAGUAAUCACAUGUAAUGUGUAUACAUGUAAUUUGUUAUCGUUUCCCAGAGUUAUUCUUGAAUAAAUACAAUUUUCAACUGAA